AUGGCGAGACUCACAAGCUGGCUUCUCCUCUCAGCAUGGGGAGGAGCAGCCUCUGUAUCGGGCCAAGGCCUCCACGAGCUGGCGGUGAAGUCGGGAAAGCUCUUCUUCGGCACGGCGACGGACACGAACCUCUUCAACGAUGCGGCGUACAUGGCGGUCCUGAAUAAGACGGGCGAGUUCGGCCUCGUGGUGCCGGAGAACAGCCAGAAAUGGGACGCGACGGAGAAGACGCAGAAUGAGUUCCAGUUCAAGAACCCGGAUGCGGUGAGGGCCGUCGCGCAGGCGAAUAAGCAGAUGAUGAGAUGUCAUGCGUUGACAUGGCACUCUCAACUUCCACAAUUUGUAACGCACUACAAAGGCGCCUGCUACUCCUGGGACGUCGUCAACGAAGCCCUCGCCGACAACGGCACCCUCCGCGACAGCGUCUUCUCCCGCACCCUCGGCGCAGAUUUCAUCCCCAUCUCCUUCAGGGCCGCCGCGGCAGCCGACCCGGCGGCGAAGCUGUACUACAACGACUUCAGUCUCGAGUUCAACUCCAACAAGACGGACGGCGCCGUCAAGAUCGUGCAGGACCUCAAAGCCGCAAACGUGAAAAUCGACGGCAUCGGGUUCCAGUCGCAUUUCCAGGUCGGCAAGACACCGUCGCAGGAUACGCUCAAUAAAGUCAUGACGCGCUUCACGGAUCUGGGGCUGGAAGUCGCGCUCACGGAGCUGGAUGUGCGGCAUGAUAAGUUGCCUGCCGAUGAUGCUGCGAUACAGCAGCAGGCCAAGGACUACGGCACCGUCGUCAAGACGUGCGUGGAUAACGCAAAGUGCGUCGGCGUCGUGGUGUGGGAGUUUACGGAUAAGUACAGUUGGAUCCCGUCCACGUUUUCGGGGGCCGGGGACGCAUGCUUGUUCGAUAAGGAUAUGAAGCCCAAGCCGGCCUACGCGGCUGUUGCGGCGGCGUUGGGAGGAGGAGCAGCACCAGCACCACCAGCAGCAGCACCGGUGGCAGCACCGGCGCCGGCGGCUGGAGCUCAGAGCGCGGAAGUGGUGCUGUCGUCGGGAAGCAGUGCAUCUGGUGCCGGGGCCGGGAUUGGGGCCACCGAUGCCGACUCCGGGACCGAAUCCGAGGCCGAUGCCGACAGCGGAGCCGGGGCGUCGUCAAAAUCAAAGGCGAAGAGCAAUGUGGAGGCAGCGACCAAGUCACCUUCCUCAUCGGGCACAGGUCGCUUCGAAGCGGUGCUGCUGAUUUCACCUCUGGUAGCCACCGGUAUCGGCUGGCUCUUUUGGUUGGUGAUAUGA